UUCUGUGUUCCGUGUAGGUGAAAAGUGACACCUGUUUUGACUUAUAAGUGACAUUUCGAAUUCGAAGUUCGUUAACUUUCAAGUUACAAUUUAAUAAGCUUUGCUGUCGCGUUUGUGUAUGUGCCAAACCUGAAAUAAAAUUUUAGAUCUUAACUACAAAUAUAAACAAUGGAGCCAAUGUCCUUAGGAAGUCCGACAGCAAGUCCUUCAUCUCCACAAAUAAACCAAAAUUUCCUACCAGGUUUUCUUAUUGGAGAUAACCAACCUACACCUACAAAUGUAACCACAUCGCCUGGCAGAAAUCGUAACAAUUCAGCUUCUUUUACCAAGAUAUCUCUGAACUCCCCUGAUUCAAGAAAUUUGAGGCAGAAGCUAUUCACCUCACAGAUGUCUGAGUCGCCUUUCCAAUCUCCAUUUGUGCCUCUCUCAGAGAAAGGUGGUCCUCCUAAGCAAGGCUUAUUUGAUACAUUAGACAGUAGUAAAAGACAACAAGCUAAUCCAAUGUUGAGUAGUACUGUUUCACCUUAUUGUGAAAAUCCUUCUUUCAAUGAAAGUAUAUCAAGGAUAAAUGGUGAUAAUACAUUCAAUGGAAGUAUGACUAUGAACACGAUGUCAGAAUCAUCAAGGAUGCAUCCUAGUUUGAAUCGUUUAGAAAGAAUUGAUUCGAAUUGGGUGACUGUAUUUGGCUUUCCUCCCAGUGCCAUGAGCUUAAUUUUAGCUCAGCUGUCUAAUUGUGGAACCAUAGUAGACAAAAUUCUUCCUUCUCAAGGAAAUUGGUUACAUAUAAAAUUUAGCAAUCCUAAUGAAGUUUCCAGAGCUUUGACUUUGAAUGGAAAAUGUAUAAAUAAUUGUAUUAUGAUUGGAGUUCAUUUAUGUCAUAACAAAGAUAAUAAGGAAAAUAAUGUUUCUAGCACAAAUGUAUUUACUCCACCAGCCAGAGCAAGGUCUUUGCGCCAAUCUUUUACAUCACCACCUAGCAUGAAUAAUAGUGUCAUUUUACCACAUAAUGUUCCACAAAAAUCAACAGGAUUAGUGAAUAAAGCUAUGGAGUAUGUGUUUGGCUGGUGAUAUUGUUUAUUUUUUUAUACUUUUGUAUGUUGAAUGCUACUACUGUAGAUAAUUGUUAUAUAUAAUGGCUUAUUUCAUUUUUAUAUAGGGAUAAGUGCAUCUCAUUGUCUACUUAAGUAAAACAUUGAAAAUAAAAAACUUCUUACAUUAAAUUUCAAACACUGUAAAUAAUUACUACUA